AUGAGGCGGUCCAGAGUCACCGGCCGACCUAAGCCCAAAGAUACACAAUUCGGCUGGUACUUCGCUGGCGAGCCAAUGGAGAAGAGACACUCUCGAAGCGGCCGAAUCAGGCUAGUUCGUUAUGGACCUGAGAGGAAAAUAUGUGCCCACAGUCGAUGCCCGUCGCCAUCUCCCAUUCUAGAAAAUGCACUUUGCACCUGCAGCAAUAGAUGCGAGGUUCACCCCCACGGGACACGCUCCCCAUCCCCCGGCAACACCGACUCCUCUCCCUAUGAGGCCAUACGAUGCUGCGGAAGAUGUCACAUUAUCAGACGCGAGCGCGAGUCCUCUCCGCAAGUGGAGAAAAUAAUCUGCACCUGCAACCAUCGGUGUGAAUGUCACUCGCCCGAAACACGCACCGUCACGCCCAGCAGCAGUGAAUAUUCAAGCUCUGAAACAGCCACACGACGCCAUAAUAGCCGUCACACAACAAGACGCGAGCGUCGUUCCAACGACACACGUCCCACGACGCCGAACAGCAGUGAUUUUUCAGACUAUGAUCCGCCCAGAAGACGCCGCACCGGUCACCGCACGACAAAGCGCGAACCAGAGCAUCAUCCGCAGGUUGAGGUGCAUCAAUUUGAGGUCCACGCACCCUCUCCUGACACCCCUGCCACGCCAGGCCAGAGGUACAAGUCCACACGUGCGUCGAUCGCGACAGCACCACUCCCCAGCCCGGUAGUCCACCGCCACCACUGCCGCAAGGCGGCUUAUUGCGAAAGACACCCGGAGGGCUGCCGAGCUUCAAUUUAUGCGCUUUCACCGGUGCCGAGACCGACGUCAACCCCGACGCGCUCUCCCCGGUCGAGUGAAAAGACCCGUCGCGACUCGCGGGAAAAAUCAGACCCGAGAUGCACUUGCAGGAGGUCUGCUUCUCCAAAGCAGAUGUUUCCCCCGAAGCGAGUGCCUUCCCCCAAGCCUACACCUCCGAGGCCUGAUGUCCAGCAUUGCACCUGUUUCUACAUGGAUGGGUACCAUGCCGACGACUCUGGAUAUUAUGAUGACAAUGCUUCCGAGACCUCUAUCCAGGCCAUACCUGACCAUGAUAGGGAUGUGGAUGAGUCAUUUUGUGUUUAUCAUCACCGUUGUCGUCCGAGAUUUGAGCGUGGUCUUGGCUGGGUGUGCGGGAGGAAAUGA